AUGCUUGGUCAUCGAGUCCACUUCCUGAUCAACGAAGUUUCUGACCUCGACAGUGCAGCCAAUCACGCUCGUUUAGCUGUGAGGAAGAGGUUGAACCCCGAAAAGGCCCUCUUUACCUGCAAUGCAAUGCUGCUGAUUAAGCCUGACAUCGCUGCCUGCAAUCUCAUCAUCAAAUCCCACUGCGAGGAAGGCCGCCUUGACAACGCUCUUCGACUGUACAACCACCUCUUGCGCCACCCUCCUUCCCCGAACCACAAGACAUACGACCUUUUGACCAAAGCCCUGGUCGAUGCAGGAAUGAUGGACCAGGCUCUGGAACUUUUGUUGAGAGGAAGGGCUGAGUUAUUCAAUUUCCAACAGCCAGGCAUGUACAUGAACCUCAUUGGUGGCUUCUUGCAACAAGGGAAUCUUGACAUGGCGUAUCAGCUCGGGGACGACUUUAAGACGUGUUCCAUACGCAACAAAAUCACAGUACUGAACUCAGUAUUCGUAGAGUAUUUGUUCAAGCAAGGCAAUGAUGAGAAGGCUAUGGAGCUGUACAGGAACUCUUUAAACAACGACGGCUUCACAGCAAACGGACACGUGGGCCAUCCUUAUUUGGAAGUGUUGCUCAAGUACGGCAAGAAAACCCAAGCCUGGGCAUUAUUCGAAUAUAUGCUUGACAAUUACGACGAAUGCAUUGGGUUAGGCGACGAGACUGUUAAUUUGAUGCUGAACGAGUGUAUCAAGGAGGGGAAGUUUAGCGAUGCAGUCAACAUCUUGGCCAAGUCCAAGGCAAAAUUAAAAUACUUUCCUGUGGGAGCUUACAGGAACCUUAUUACAAAGUUGUGUCAUAAUGCGAGGUUGUCCGAGGCUGAGAGUGUGUUUGAUGAAUGGUUGAAACAAGAAUUUACGAAACCAGAUGAUGCAACUUACACAUCAUUGAUUCAUGCAUAUAUUAAGGCUGAAAGAGUUGAGGAUGCCAUUGAAACAGUAAACCAGUUGAUGGCUGCUAAACUCCGCAGGGUUACUAACAUGUGUCUCUAA